AUGUUCAUCGACGAGUUCGACGGCCUCGAACCCAACGACAUCUACCAGGCCGCCGAGGCCUACCUCGGUCCAAAACUCUGCCUAAACGCCCGCCGCCUAAAGAUCGGUUGGAGUGAGAAGGACGAGCACUACCGAAUAUCCGCAAAGAAGGACCACGAGCUCGUCGACACCUACGCGGGUCAGACGUUCAAGUGGGUCUGGAUCUGCAGGGAAACCGUGGCCAGGACGAACUUCUUCCACCCGCGCGACUAUAACGAGACCCUCAAGUCCGAGGCUCGCUCGUUCGAGCUCACGUUCCACCGCAAGAACAGGGACCUCGUCGUGGGUUCGUACCUCCUGCACGUCGCGUGCGAGGCCAGGAGGUACAAGCUCGAGAAGAAGACGGUUAAGAUCCACACGGUGGAUCAUGACAUUGUGAGCGACGAGUGGGUCCCGGCCACGUUCGACACGCUGGCCAUUGACCCAGAGCAGAAGGGGAUGAUUUUGCGGGAUCUGGAUAUGUUUCUAGGGAGGAGGGAGCAUUACCAGAAAGUGAGCAAGACAUGGAAAAUGGGGUGUUUGCUAUACGGGCCGUCGCGGACUGGGAAAUCGAGCCUGAUUGCUGCCAUUGCCAACUAUUUGAAGUUCGACGUGUAUGAUCUUAAGCUGAAGGAUCUGCCUGGGAACUCGUAUCUGAGGAGGCUACUGGCGUCGACGGCCAAUGGGUCGAUAAUGGUGGUGGAGGACAUCGACUGUGCCGGCAGUUUGGGCAAUAGGAGUGAUUCUAAUGAGUCACCGGAAUAUGCUGGAAUCGGGGGAGGAGAAGGCAAGGUUGGAUUAUUAUGA